AUGGCUGUCUCUAAAAUCUUUGCUCGUUCCGUCUACGACUCCCGUGGUAACCCAACUGUCGAAGUCGACAUCCACACCGAAAAGGGUUUGUUCAGAGCCAUUGUUCCAUCUGGUGCCUCCACCGGUAUCCACGAAGCUUUGGAAUUGAGAGAUGGUGACAAGUCCAAGUGGUUGGGUAAGGGUGUUACCAAGGCCAUUUCCAACGUCAACGACAUCAUUGCCCCAGCUUUCAUCAAGGCUGACCUUGACAUCACCAACCAAGCCAAGGUCGACGAGUUCUUGAACUCCCUCGACGGUACUCCAAACAAGUCCAAGUUGGGUGCCAACGCCAUCCUCGGUGUCUCCUUGGCUGCUGCCAAGGCCGGUGCCGCCGAAAAGAACGUCCCAUUGUACCAACACUUGGCCGAUCUUUCCGGUUCCAAGCAAGACAAGUUCGUUUUGCCAGUUCCUUUCCAAAACGUCUUGAACGGUGGUUCCCACGCCGGUGGUGCUUUGGCCUUCCAAGAAUUCAUGAUUGUCCCACACAAGGCCCCAUCUUUCUCCGAAGCUUUGAGAAUCGGUUCCGAAGUUUACCACAACUUGAAGUCCUUGGCUAAGAAGCAAUACGGUGCUUCUGCCGGUAACGUCGGUGACGAAGGUGGUGUUGCUCCAGCUAUCUCUACCCCAAGAGAAGCUUUGGACUUGAUCACCGAUGCCAUUGCUCAAGCUGGUUACACCGGCCAAGUUGGUAUCGCUUUGGAUGUUGCUUCCUCCGAAUUCUUCAAGGACGGCAAGUACGACUUGGACUUCAAGAACCCAGAAUCCGACGCCUCCAAGUGGUUGACUGGUGAACAAUUGGCUUCCUUGUACGAAGAAUUGAUCAACGAAUACCCAAUUGUUUCCAUCGAAGAUCCAUUCGGUGAAGAUGACUGGGACGCUUGGGUUCACUUCUACUCCAGAGUUGGUUCCAAGAUCCAAAUUGUUGGUGAUGACUUGACUGUUACCAACCCAUUGAGAAUCAAGACCGCCAUCGAAAAGAAGGCCGCCAACGCCUUGUUGUUGAAGGUUAACCAAAUCGGUUCUUUGACCGAAUCCAUCCAAGCUGCUAACGACUCUUACGCUGCUGGUUGGGGUGUUAUGGUCUCCCACAGAUCUGGUGAAACCGAAGACACCACCAUUGCUGACUUGUCUGUCGGUUUGAGAUCUGGUCAAAUCAAGACCGGUGCUCCAGCCAGAUCUGAAAGAUUGGCCAAGUUGAACCAAAUCUUGAGAAUUGAAGAAGAAUUAGGUGACAAGGCUGUCUACGCUGGUGAAAACUUCAGAAUCGCCUCUACUAUUUAA